AUGGACUAUUCUAGAACAGGAAACAGCCCCAACCCCUCCCUAGCCCCUAGAGUAAGAGGACUGAUUUUCUGCCACCUCACAGCUUCUUGUGGUAGAGACCUUUCCUCAGUAUUUGAAACCAACCAGUAUCUGACAGACUUGGAAUUUGUGAAAAAUACCCUGGAAGAUUCAGGAGUGAAACUUCUGUGUGAAGGAUUAAAACAGCCCAACUGCAUAUUACAGACAUUGAGGUUGUACCGGUGCCUUAUCUCUCCUGCUUCUUGUGGGGCUCUAGCAACUGUUCUUAGCACCAAUCAGUGGCUUACUGAGCUGGAAUUUAGUGAAACAAAACUGGAAGCUUCAGCUUUGAAAUUGCUCUGUGAAGGCUUAAAAGAUCCAAAUUGUAAACUACAGAAGCUCAAGUUGUGUGCUAGCCUUCUCCCGGAAAGCUCAGAGGCUGUUUGCAAGUAUCUUGCCUCUGUUCUCAUUUGUAACCCACACCUCACUGAGCUGGACCUGAGUGAGAAUCCCCUGGGAGACAUAGGGGUGAAGUAUCUUUGUGAGGGUCUCAGACAUUCCAACUGUAAAGUGGAGAAACUAGACUUGAGCACAUGUUACCUCACAGAUGCCAGCUGUGUGGAGCUCUCUUCUUUCUUGCAAGUGAGUCAGACUUUAAAAGAGCUGUUUGUGUUUGCCAAUGCCCUGGGGGACACAGGAGUACAGUAUCUCUGCAAAGGUCUGCAGUAUGCAAAGGGUAUAAUUGAGAAUCUUGUGCUUUCCGAAUGUUCCCUCUCUGCAGCUUGUUGUAAGCCCCUCGCCCAAGUCCUGAGUUCCACCCAGAGCCUGACAAGGCUGCUUCUAAUUAAUAACAAAAUUGAAGAUUUGGGACUGAAAUUGCUAUGUGAAGGAUUAAAACGACCUGACUGUCAGUUAAAGGAUCUGGCAUUGUGGACCUGUCACUUGACAGGGGCAUGCUGUCAAGAUUUGUGCAAUGCCCUCUACACCAAUAUACACCUGAGAGACCUUGACCUCAGUGACAAUGCCUUAGGGGAUGAGGGCUUGUUGGUGCUGUGUGACGGGCUAAAGCACCCCUGCUGUAAACUACAGACCUUAUGGUUAGCAGACUGUCAUCUCACAGAUGCAUGCUGUGGAGUCCUCGCCUCUGUCCUUAACAGAAAUGAGAACUUAACAUUGCUAGACUUAAGUGGAAAUGACCUCAAGGAUUUUGGAGUGCAAAUGCUAUGUGAUGCACUGAUUCAUCCAAUAUGUAAACUUCAGACAUUCUAUAUUGACACUGAUCAUUUACGUGAAGAUACAUUUAGGAAGAUGGAAGCUUUAAAAAUUAGCAAGCCUGGAAUCACUUGGUAGUUUCCAAGGAGAACCCCUAAAUUGACUACAUAUAGACCUCCUCCAUCUGGCACUGUCUUUAACAGUUGUGCAGUAUUAUUUUUCCAAACUGUUAACUUUUGCUAAGGAUGCUAAUGUGAAACAAGCAAUGGUGAUUUACUGUUGUUACAUUG